AUGUCUACGUCCCCCUUACUCCCCAAGCACGCCGCCGCGCCGCCGCGCUACCCGCCCCAUGACAACGCCGUCUUCCCUACCUCCCUCGUCGGCAAGCGCAUCCUCCUCUGCACCGAAUCCUUCGGCCCCGUCAACGGUGUUAGCCGUACGACCCUCAUGCUCGUCUCUCACCUCCGCGCCCACGGCGCGCGCGUCGCCGUCGUCGCGCCCCUGAACCACACGGAGGGGGCCACUCUGACGGGGCCCAGUGGCGAUCAAAGUAAGAACGACGACGAUAAGAACAGCCAGGAUCCUCUCGUCGAAGUCCGCCUCCACGGCUACCCACUGCCCUUCAACCCCGAACUAUCAGUCGUCUAUCCCGUACGCGUCACGACGCUCUUCGCAAGAACCUUUGGCGCCGACGAGCCGCCAGACCUCAUUUACCUCGCGUCGCCGGCGUCGCUGGGGUUCCAGGUCCUGCUGCAGAUGCGGCAGCAGCCGUGGGAGAAGCGCGUGCCCGUCAUCUGCAACUUCCAGACGGACCUCGCGGGCUACUGCGCCAUCCUGUUCCCGCACCCGCUGAGCACCGUCGCCGUCUUCGCCUUCGCCAUGGUGCAGAGCUACCUCUUCCGCCACAAGAGCGUGCGCACCAUCUUCUACCCGUCGCGCUUCGUGCGCCGCUACCUCGAGGCCCAGGGCGUCCAGCGGUAUAAGAUGGACGUCCUCCGCCGUGGCGUCGACACGGCGCUCUUCCGCCCGGACCGCCGCAGCGACGCCCUGCGCCGCGCCAUUGCGCCCAACGGCGAGAUCAUCCUGCUCUGCGUGUCGCGCGUCGCCGGCGAGAAGGGCUUUGACUUUCUCGCCAGGGCCACCGCGGCGCUGCGGGCGCGCGGGCUCAAGUUUGUGCUGUACGUCGUCGGCGGCAACCGCAACCGCGAGGUCGAGCGCGAGGUGCACGGGCUCUUCGACGGCCCGCUGCGCGACGAGGGCCGCGUCGUCUUUGCCGGGUUCAAGACGGGCGAGGACUUGGCGACGGCAUACGCGUCGGGCGACGUCUUCCUGCACUGCUCCGUGACAGAGACAUUUGGGCUCGUCGUGCUCGAGUCGAUGGCCAGCGGUGUGCCUGUCGUGGCGCGUGACGAGGGGGGGCCGAGCGACAUUAUCGACGAGGGCCAGUGCGGUCACCUCGUGCCGGCGGAGGAUCUGGACAGGUUUGUCGACCGUGUCAUGGGGCUCGCCGAGGAUAGAGGCGCGCGCGAGGAGAUGGGCAGACGGGCGAGGGAGAUGGCGUGCGAAGCGACGUGGGACAAGAUCAACAACCAGGUGGCGUGGCGCAUGGCCGACACGAUCGAGGAGCGCGAGAAAGAGUUGGCGCAGUUGGCGCCGCCGGUCAGACACGCGCCGCUGUAUCGCCAGACUAGUCAGUUGGCACCCAUCUACGGGUGGCUGUCGACAAAGGAGGCCACACGCGAAGUCGUCACGUCUCGCAUCGUCGAUGCGAGGCUCGCCGGCGGAUUCGGCGUUGUCAUGACGUUUUGGGUCUUCACCGGGUUGUACCUGGCCCUGACCGAGGUUGGGCUUUGGGUGCGCGGUAUGAUGCCGCGAGGAGUCGGGAGGGCUUCUUCGGAGACGGACGGACGUUGA